AUGAUCGCGUACGGACAGGGCGAGGAUGGCUGUGCUUUACGGCAAGCGACGUACUUGGAGACAAGUGCUGGGCAAGAAUUAGUGCAGUCAUGGAUGUGCUGGUCGAGCGGGCAGUGCCGUUAUAUUUAUUUGCCCGGUCCAUUUAGGCCGCACCGAGGUACAUUUACGACCCGACACAAGUGUAGUAAGCUGAACCGAAAGAGCUCUUUGAAGUCUCACCGGACUCUUUCCUAUCUUUGUCUACGUUUUCGCUGUGCCAUUGAUGGAUGGAUGACGCAAUUAAAGCAUGAUGACACUGAUGCAAACCGCUUGGUUCUAGUAUUCGAUCUGCACCAGCCGACACAACGCUCGCUCAAACCGCUCAGUUGGCGUGGCAUUUCUGUUACUAAAGCCUGCGUUGAGGUCAAGGCGAGUGUAGGAGACUAUUUGCAAUGCUGGGAUUACUUACUAUCCGCACCCGAUGCCACGGACUCGUUGACGGCGGCAUUUGGGUAG